AUGAUAGCCGGUGGAUUUUUCAGUACGAUAGGCAAGCCGAAGAACAGGCGCUCCAAAUGGGCGUCGUUGUGGGUUGGGCAGUACGUCAGCAAUGGGUCUCACGUCGCUAAAAGGCGUGCCAAUUGUCGCCGUGUUCGAAUCUUUCACAAACAUGCUAAGGUUCAAUACAAAGAACUGUUUUCCAAAAUCACUCCAUUGGUAAUCGCUGCAAAGGCCAUUGUUGACGGACAAAGCGUCAUGCCUCCUCUGCGAAACGCUGAAGCUACACAAGACGAUUCCAGAAAUCCUGACGGUCACAAAUUUACGUAA